UCCGGCCCACCGCUGUCGGCUCUAAGUAGGAAGGUGUAAACAAAUACAGAAACGAGCUCGCCGCUCUGUCAGAAGCGUCCUUUAAACAUUAUGAGCGUUUGUAGAGACCUUUAACAACAGCUGCCUGGUGUUCUACAGCACCGUAAACGACCCGUGCUGCUAGCUAGCUAAUGUUAUAAGUUAUAUUCUGCACAGAAGUUAGCUCUAUCUCCAGCAUAAUGGCAGGUUACUAGGUUUUGUCUUUUCUGGUAGCUUUCAAGAUAAAAUAGGGCAUUUAAUCACGUCUGUCAUACAAAUAAGCGCGCUUCCCAAGUAACGUGUCUUUCCGUUAACUAGCUUAUUUGCGAAGGGUACCUUACUGGAAAGCUGGUGCCUAAUUGUCCAGGAAUAUUUCUAUGGUAUUCUGAAGUUUUCUUGCUUGCAUCAGCAUUUCGGUGUAAUUGGUGGGGAAAAAUUAACGCCAUGUCUACACCUUAUUUUAAAAAUAAAUGUGUUACGCAGCUGAAUUGUACAUACUGCGAUAGUGUACUUUGUACGAGGGGGAUGAAAGCUGUGCUCUUAGCCGAUACAGAGGUUGAACUUUUUUCGACUGAUAUACCGCCUAACAGAACAGUGGAUUUUGUCUCAGUCUGCUAUUCCACAAAAACCUGUAAAUGCAAACUGAGAGACGUGGCCUGUCUGAAGUGUGGCAACGUUGUCGGCUAUCACGUGGUGGCGCCGUGCACACCCUGCCUGCACUCCUGUAACAACGGUCAUUUCUGGAUGUUCAACAGUAUUUCAGUCGUACCAAUCAACAGGCUGGACGCCUCGGGACUGAACCUACUGCUUUGGGGGGACCUCCCUGAGCUGGACGACCUAGAAGGGGAGGACCAAAGCAGCCAGUCCGAGGAGCAGUACCUGAGGUAGAAGAGGGGGCCACCAGCCAGAAGAUCCAGAUGGCCUCUGUGAAGCACAUCUUCUCAGGUUUAUUCUGUUAGCUGUCAGACAGGUACUAUAAAGACUGCACACGGGCAAAUGAGUCUCGAACCACGUGCUGUCCUCACUUUACUGUUUACACAAUCUCUAGUCUGUAGCUGCUCUAACCUGUGUGUGCCGUGAGUGACACCAUGGGGCAUUUACAAGUAGUCCAGUAGUAGACCGGUAAGAAUUCAGGGUAACACUUUACUUUGAGGGGGCACUAAUACUUAGUAGUGACUUGGUUACUACUGAAGUACAAAUCGUUAACAAAUAUCGUUACUUGAUAUAAAAAAUGUCAUAUGAACAUGAAAUCAGUAUUGAACUUUUUGUUAUUCGUUACUUGUUCCUUCAGUAGUUCACAGAGGUUUAACAUGUAUUUAAUAUAGUGACAAUAAAACUUCUAUUCUAAAAGAUGUCACGAUUCAAUAAUGAUGAACAAACAGAUCAUUCAUUAUGUAACUAAGACUUGGUUUGUGGUUAAUACAUUUGUGAGAGUAUAAUACUGUAUUAUUUGUGCCCCCUUAAGUAAAGUGUCACAGAAUUCACUGCUCAACUAUUUUUGUCUGGUGGUCAUUAUCAGAACUGGUCUGUAUGGAUGUUCCUGGAGAAGAAACUGAAAUCCUUAAAUUGUUCAUAUGUCUGUAAAUAUUUGACAAUUGUCAACUAAUUUUAAAAAGCAAUGCUUGCGUCGCUGCUGCAAAGUGUGUAAAUUAGAAGGAACCACAUUGACCCAUCAACUACGCAACAUGCAGUGAAAGCUGAGACUGCCCCACUCCAGCAGUCAACGGCAGAGGAGCCUGAAGAGGCUCUGAGUGACGCAGCACUGUGAACCUUAAUGGCGUCUGAGCCCAGCUCUCCAUGGCAGCAUGGAUUUGCUACACAGUGUUUUGAAUGGGGUUUCUGAAGUGUGCUGCCUUUUUCGCCAUGUUCAGGGAGCGCCGCUAAAGCCACUAUUCAUAAACAUGGUCUAGCAGUUCAUAGGUGUGGUGUAGCAGAAGUGUCAUUCACAUUUGAUUAUUCUUUUGGAUUAUGCAGUAUUUUUCUUGCAAUUACAUUUCUGAAUGUGUUUUUAACCUUGUACAGGGACCCAUGGAAAUAGCACUGACUGAACUUGAAAUGUUUUAUAAUCGUGUCUAGUGAGUUUGUGAGUAAUGUCUUUGUAAAUUCUGGGGAAAAAUGUUUGUUAUAUUAGAAAUACUGUGUUGUUAUAAAUAGACAUGUUUUCAUGAAAAUUGUGGACCCAGGUGAUGAUUAAAUAAAAGGAAGAUCAUUAUCAUUAUUAUAUCAUCAACCUGUGCAGAACGCUGCACCACAGUUAAUCGUUUUAAGUCAGUGACUCCCAGUACGGUCCUCGGAUCCCCAGCCGGUGCACGUUUUCGCUAGCUCCCAGCUUCGUACCAGACAGUCCACAUUUCUGUGAGCUCUGUGGGGGUUCCCGAGGACCGGGGUUGGGAAACAUUGGUUUAAGUGUCCUCUCGAGAUCCCUAGAAAGUGUAACUGAACUCUUCCUUUUAGCAUCCUUGGUACAGUAAGAUGCUGUAAGUUUUUGCCUGUUUUAUGCAUUAGUGGGGUGGCAAAAUGCUUAGCUGACAUUAGCUCUUUAUUAACACUGUGAGUGAGUGCUGGAGUUCUGGAAGGUGCUGAUUAAGCUCACAGGAUGUUGAGUGGUUGCGGUACGCCUGCUUGUUUGUACCCUGUCCUGAGAAGCGCCAUAAGAUGGCAAAAGCAACUUUAUACAACUGGGCUGUUGGCAUUAUGGUAUCAGCAAUACAUUCUUUCCAGCACAUUCACUAUUGGCUGAAAAAAUGAAUGAACAUAUGGGCUUUUAGUGUAAUAUUACAUUUGUGAAUUCACAGAAAAGAGGUGAGGCCAAGCAUUUCUUUCCAAUGAAUGGAUUUUGAGAAAGACACUGUGCCUUAUUUGAUGUGACUGAUGGAGAUUAAAUGUAUAGCUGCACCCUGUCAGUUGAGGGCUUCUGACAUUCUUGGUUGCACUAAUCUUAUUGAUUAUUUUACACAGUUUAAACUGUAAUUUGAAAAACCAGAGUGUGAAAAGUACCUAACAUUGAAAAUGGGAUCAAUUCUGUUGGUCCUCAGUAGAUGAUAAAUAAAGUUUUUCCCCCCAGAAUGAAUCCCUGGAAGUCCAUCUGAAAAUAUUAAAAAUGACAUUUCAGUGUUUUCUGUAUAUCCUGGAUAUUACACUGCAAAGUGCUACUGUAUCACAGUGACAAUCUUUCCAGUCAUUUUAUAUGUAGAACUGCCCAGAUGUUUCUGUUUACUACAUUAUGUUUUCAGCUUGUGUGUGUGUGUCCGUGUGUGUGUGCGUGCGUGCACAAAUUUUUUUUGUACAUUUUGCAUUGUUCUAUUUUUAUAUAAUGGCUAAAGCAUUAACUUUGCUUAAGUGCUCAAGAUAUCUUAUUGCGUUUCUGAUUUAUUUAACAGAAAGUCAAAACCAUAAAAUAAAUGUAAACAACGCUUGGAAUAUUCUAAAACUAAUAUUAAUGGUAUUUAUCUAAAGAUUUGAGAGUGUUUGUAUUUAUUGAGAAACCUGACGAUUUGUACUGAGACUCCUUGACCUUGUUUUGACUUAUCAUGCUUUGCUUUUUUGGGGGGGGGCAAAAUAAGCUUACAUUAAAAUUGCAUUUGUUUAGUUAUAUUUUU